AUGCCUCCUUCUCAUCAUGAGGCUUCUGAGCGUAAACGCAAUGCCUGCACUAAAUUACGCGUGGAUCCUGCGAUUGCGCAGAUCCUUCCGCGCCAACGCGCACAGCGCGAGAACCUCUUGCUGGCUCCAGUCGAGGGCCCGCAAGACCGGUACCUACUGACGGGCGACUCAUUGCUUACGUCGAAUAACCUUGGAAAGCUUGCCGCCGGUGUCCUGUUGAAAGAUGUCGCUAAUCGGGGUUGA